AUGUCACCGCAAAGAAGAGUUGAGGAAGAACUUCACGAAAAUGCUCACAUUGACUACAGUCGUGUUUCUAUCAGAUGGAACCCUUCAGUUGCUCAAUUAUACGAAGAUGCCUUAAAAUAUGAGGAAGGAUCCGCCAUUUCUUCGACUGGAGCUUUAGUAACGGCUUCUGGUAAUAAAACGGGUCGUUCUCCUAAAGACAAACGUAUAGUUGACGAACCUGGCUCUUCCAAAGAAAUUUGGUGGGGUCCUGUCAAUACAAAGUUACCCGAACAUGUCUUUCUUAUCAACCGUGAACGCGCUGUUGAUUAUUUAAAUACUCGCAAGAGAAUAUACGUCUUUGAUGGUUUUGCGGGAUGGGAUCCUAAAUACCGCAUCAAAGUCCGUGUUGUAUCUGCUCGUGCCUAUCACUGUUUGUUCAUGCGAAACAUGUUAAUCCGUCCUACUGAUGAAGAACUUGAAGAUUAUGGAUCACCUGAUUUCACUAUCUACAAUGCUGGUGCUUUUCCAGCAAAUCGUUAUACUACUGGUAUGACUUCGACCACUUCUGUUGCCAUCAACUUUCAUAUGAAUGAAAUGGUCAUUCUAGGUACAGAAUAUGCUGGUGAAAUGAAAAAGGGAAUUUUCAGCGUAAUGCACUAUUACAUGCCUAUUAAAUACAAUGUUCUAUCAUUACAUUCAUCUACUAACGAAGGUCCUGAUGGAGACGUGUCAAUUUUCUUUGGUCUAUCUGGAACCGGAAAGACUACUCUCUCUGCUGAUCCUAAGCGUGCACUAAUUGGUGAUGAUGAACAUUGUUGGUCAGAUCAUGGUAUAUUUAAUAUUGAAGGUGGUUGUUAUGCAAAAUGCAUACAUUUAUCACCCGAUAAAGAACCAGAAAUUUUCAAUGCUAUUCAAUUUGGUUCAGUCUUAGAAAAUGUUAUUUAUGACCCUAAUAGUCGAGUUGUAAAUUAUGAUGAUGAUGCAUUGACAGAAAAUACGCGUUGUGCUUAUCCUAUUGAAUAUAUUCCUAACGCUAAAGUACCAUGUGUUUCAACAAAUCAUCCAAAAAAUAUCAUUUUAUUAACUUGUGAUGCUUAUGGUGUUCUUCCACCGGUCUCCAAACUUUCAUCAGAUCAAGCCAUGUAUCACUUUAUUUCUGGUUAUACAGCUAAGAUUGCAGGAACGGAAGAAGGUGUUACACAACCAGAAGCUACUUUUUCAGCUUGUUUUGGUCAACCUUUCCUUGUACUUCAUCCAGCACGUUACGCAAAAAUGUUGGCAGAAAGAAUGGAACAUCACUCAGCUGACGCUUGGUUGGUUAAUACUGGAUGGAACGGUGGUGCAUAUGGUGUUGGUGAACGUAUAAAGCUUAAAUAUUCCCGUGCUAUCAUAGAUGCUAUUCACACUGGAGAACUUGCCAAGGCUGAAUAUGAACUUUAUGAUGUUUUUAAUUUACAAAUUCCAACAUCAUGUACGGGAGUUCCAUCUGAAAUACUAAAUCCUUCAAAAACCUGGAAAGGUUCUGAAGAGGUUUAUAUUAAUACUAGAAAUACUUUGGCUCAAAGUUUCGUUGAAAACUUUAUACAAUAUGAAGAUCAAGCUUCACCUGAAGUUUUGCUAGCCGGACCAAUCCUUCCCUCAGCCUGA